GUAAUGUAGUCCAGUUAGCUUGACGCAGCUCGGUCCAUCAGUGCCAGAGAGAAGAGAACAGAGUCCAGGUAGCUACGAGGAUGAUUUAUGUUCACACACUGUUGCGUCUUCCAGGAUACUCGGCAUAAAAAUGGCAACAGCAACAUCAAUGUUCAGUCUUUGGUAGAAAAAAAAGCUUUGGGGGAUUUCAUUUCUCCUCACUGAGCGCGGUAAUUAAAAAAGAAAAUUCUAAACUGAAAAGCGAUAAAGAAGUUGGACGUAAUUUACUGAGGGUAAUUCAUUGUGACCUCAGACCAUGGCAUACACUCUAGGCUCGACCGCUGAGGACCAGACACGCAGUGUCGCACCUCAACACUGCAUCACUCGGGUGGAGCUGUCCGUCACUGCAACCAGCCUGCUGGACCGAGAUGUAGCCUCCAAGUCGGACCCCUUCUGUGUUCUCUUCCAUGAGGUGGAUGGGAACUGGGUGGAGCUCGGCCGCACCGAAACAGCUGUGAACAACUUGAACCCAGUGUUUGGAGUGAAGUUUCAAGUGGACUACCACUUUGAGGAGAUCCAGAAGCUUCGCUUUGCCAUGUUCGAUGAAGACAAGUGUGCCACUCAGCUCUACGAACAUGACUUCCUGGGAGAAUUCAUUUGCACACUGGGAGUGAUUGUGUCCAAUAAGAAACUUCACAGACCCUUGAUCUUAGCCAAUGGGAAGCCAGCUGGCAAAGGAUCCAUUACGAUAACAGCUCAGGAGCUGUCUGACAACAGAAUCAUCACUUUGACCCUGAGUGGGCGUAAACUGGAUAAGAAGGACUUUUUUGGGAAGUCAGACCCCUACCUGGAGUUUCACAAACAGGGAGAAGACGGCAAAUGGAUGUUGGUGCACAGGACCGAGGUCAUAAAGAACACUUUAGAUCCAGCAUGGAAACCCUUUACUGUGCCGCUUAUUUCUCUCUGCAAUGGAGAUGUGGACAGAAACAUCAAGGUCCUGUGUUACGACUAUGAUAAUGAUGGAGGCCACGACUUCAUAGGAGAGUUUCAAACCACUGCUGCCAAGAUGAGUGAAGCCCAGAACUCAGUGGAGGUGGAGUUUGACUGCAUCAACCCCAAGAAACAGAAGAAGAAGAAGAGUUAUAAAAACUCUGGCAUUAUCAUAGUAAAGUUAUGUAAGAUUACAAGAGACUACACUUUUCUGGAUUACAUACUGGGAGGAUGCCAGCUCAUGUUUACGGUCGGUAUAGACUUCACAGCAUCUAAUGGGAACCCUCGAGAGCCAUCCUCCCUCCACUACAUUAACCCACUGGGCAGCAACGAGUAUCUCGCUGCCAUUUUAGCUGUGGGACAAAUCAUACAGGACUAUGAUACCGACAAAAUGUUUCCUGCUCUGGGAUUUGGAGCCCAACUCCCACCAGACUGGAAGGUGUCACACGAAUUUGCCAUCAACUUUAACCCCACCAACCCAUUCUGUUCAGGUGUGGAGGGUAUUGCCCAGGCCUACUCUGCCUGUCUCCCUCACAUUCGUUUCUACGGCCCAACUAACUUUGCUCCAAUCAUCAGCCAUGUAGCACGUUUUGCUGCCCAGGCACUUCAACAAGAGAAUGCAGCGCAGUACUUCACUCUCCUCAUUAUAACGGACGGUGUCAUCAGCGAUAUGGACGAGACGCGUGAUGCCAUCGUACAGGCGUCUAAGCUACCCAUGUCUAUCAUCAUUAUUGGCGUGGGCAACGCAGACUUCGCUGCCAUGGAGUUCUUAGAUGGAGACGCCAGCGUUUUAAGGUCCAACACAGGAGAGGAGGCUGUUCGGGACAUUGUGCAGUUUGUCCCUUUCAGGGAUUUCCGAAAUGCACCCAAGGAGACACUCGCCAAGUCUGUCCUGGCCGAGCUGCCUCAGCAGGUCACCCAGUACUUUAAACAGCGGAAUCUACCGCCCACCAACACAACGCCGAAGUGAGACGGCCAAAGACGAGAGCCCACACGCUGUACAAUAGCUCAUCAAAGCCUCUCUUCCUGUUUACGGCAAACAAGACAGAAGGAAAGUGUGUAUAUCAGCUGUGAACAACCAUGAGUUGUGGACAAAAAAAAAAUCAAAAAAAAAAAUAAAACAUUGAAGCUAUCCCUGCCAUUAUAUUUGCAAAGCUGUUACUGGUUAGAGAAUGUUUUGUCAGUAUCCAGUGCGAAUCCAUCAGAAGUGAUUUUUCCUGUUUCUUAAAGCUUGAGAACGAUAAUAAUGAUGUGUAAAGAACCUUGCAUGUCUACAGUGAUGGCAGGUGUGUGAAAAUGAUAUGGAUAUAUAUGAAUAUGCAGGUAAAACACUGGCCUUUUUUUUU